UUACGGCUGCUUUUUAUUUCAUUGUAAGCCACAGAACAGACGUUUCUGUCACAAAACUGACAGUAGCUACGAAAUCUUGAAGAUUCUGAACGAGAAAUGUCAAUUUGGGACGGUCUGUAGCGUGGUGGCGGCAGCAUUGCACGCGCAGGUCCGAUUCAAACAGGUGGAAAUAGUGGGACGGUCCUAUCGCGUGACGGCGGCUCGUGAAGGAGGUCUGCUUUAACCCGCACAGCGUUUUUUGUUUGAACCAAUGCUAUUAAAUUAAUUCAUUGAGUCAUUUUUGCUGAAAAUUCUCGCGCGCGAAUGACAUCAACAGGAUUGUGCCACAUCCCGUUUUAGAACGCUGUCUCGCGCCGGUCGUUUGAAAAGUGGGCCGUUAAAAUCUGUUACACGCCGAGCUCUGUCACCCCUUCCUUGAGCCAGAAAGGUUGCGUGUGUUUUUUUGUUUUUUACAUUUACGGCAUCGACCCUCGGGGUUUUUCCCACUUGCUCUGGUCCCCGAGCCGUUUACGCACAGGUGGGAGAUACCCGCUUGGUAGGACAGCCCCCUCUCUCAGUUCCUCAGCGGAUGAUGUGUGCAACUGACAUUUGCCGUUGCGGUUUGGGACAGUAGGCGAGGCGUCUCUGCAAACAGGUGUGCGACUGCCCAAAACAGACACGCUUAGUACGACUUUUUUCGCCUUGUUUAGUGGAGGUGGACCUCCAAUAUCGAGGUCAAAGCGAUCAUCCUCGUAGCGGGACAGGGAGAGGAGGGGGAGUCUACUGUCGUUAUCAGGCUUUGUAGUUGCAUUUGAUCGUUUCGAAAAGGGGCUUGCGGCUCACAAAGAGGAAGGGAUGGCAACUAAGAAACCAUGCGCGGAUUUAACAAAAAGAAGCCGAAGUCCCGUCGUGCUGGAGGCUGAGAUGUUCAGCGAAUUUCAGGACUGGUGUCUCCGGACUUAUGGAGACUCGGGUAAAACAAAGACCGUGACUCGUCGAAAAUACAACAAAAUCAUGCAGACCCUGCUACAGAACGAGGAGUCGGACGGUGUCUAUGUGGACAACAGCCACAUCAACGCCAAAUUCAAAUUCUGGGUGAAGUCCAAAGGCUUUCAGGUCGGCAGCAACAUCUUGGGCGAGCACAACAAGAAAGAGUCAUCGGGGAAGCCCGUCCUGUACGUCCCUGUCAAGUCUACGUGUUCAGAUGGAGGGGCGGCCCAGGACAGCUCUUUGAAGCGGGUUGCUGUGGUGGAGGAUUUUUUUGAUAUCAUCUAUGCCAUGCAUGUCGAGAUGGGGGCAGAUCCCGGACGAGCACCCAAACAUGCCGGCCAGAAAAAGACCUAUAAGGCGAUUGCAGAGACCUACGCAUUUCUUCCACGUGAGGCGGUGACCCGUUUCUUGAUGAGUUGUGGAGAAUGCCAGAAAAGGAUGCACAUCAACCCCAGCACAGCAGAGUUCAAAGAAAAUGACCGGCCCACCUCUCUGGUCCCAGACCUCAUCGAUUACAACAUGCCUCUCACUGCCACCUAUCUAAAACAGAUGAAACUACAGUGCAUGAACACCAAUGAGCAGGAUGAGAGUUCGGUAAGCAGUGAGGAUUUGGACAUGGCUGAGCCCGCGUGGGUCUCUACUGAGCGUGCUCCAGCCGCAGAGCCCAGCUGCCCCACCACCCCGUACACAGAGAGGAUGCCUACACCGCCACAGCCCAGCAUUAAAGAGGAAGAAGAUGAUUCCUCUUCAGAGAAUGGCAGCACAGCGAACGGUCUGCCUGCACUGACUCCGCCUGGCGGUGCUGCCAUGGCGACAGGAGGAGUUCCUGCAUCUGAGGGGGUGGUUCCAUACGGAGAGGUGAACGGUAAUGGUGCCGCAGCGCCACUGGACUUCAGCAACACUUCAUCGUCCUCUUCAUCGCAGGAGGGACAGCAGCCUGUCAACCUGAGUGACAGACUCACACUCGGAUCCUACGCAUCUGACCCCAACAGAAAAUUCCCUGUCAAAACUGAGUACGGUAACAAGUCCCCUCAGUACAGCUCAGGAAGCUAUGACUCUGUCAAGACGGAACUGAGCACGUGCGGGGAGGACAUGACCCCCGGCCGCUCACAGGUCAUAGAUGAUGAUGACGAUGAUCACGAUGACCAUGAUGACAGUGACAAGAUAAAUGAUGCCGAGGGCCUGGACCCUGAACGACUUAAAGCUUUUAAUAUGUUUGUGCGGUUGUUUGUGGAUGAGAACUUAGACCGGAUGGUUCCAAUCUCAAAGCAGCCCAAAGAGAAAAUCCAGGCCAUCAUCGAGUCCUGCAGCCGCCAGUUCCCAGAGUUCCAAGAACGUGCUCGCAAACGUAUCCGAACCUACCUCAAAUCCUGUCGCCGCAUGAAGAAGGGUGGCUUUGAGACACGGCCCACACCCCCUCACCUCACCUCCGCCAUGGCUGAGAACAUCCUUGCAGCAGCAUGUGAGAGCGAAACACGGAAUGCUGCGAAGAGGAUGCGCCUUGACAUCUAUCAGGCCCAUGAUGAGUCAGUUGCAGCAGACAAGCCUAACUCCAGAGAUCCAGCUGCUCUGGCUCACUCAGGCUUCACACUGGCCGCCUCGGCCUACUCCCAGGACCAACUCUACACCAAUGGUGGACUUAAUUACAGUUUCCGUGGAUACGGGACCAUUGGCAACAGCCUCCAAAACAAUGGCACAACACAAACCAAUGGUCCCACUGAUCUCAGUAUGAAGUCUUUGGCAUCCAACAGCACGUCCUCCUCCAGUUCAAACAGUCAUGGUCAGGGUGGAGGGGGCGGAGGGGCAUCUGCCCAGCUCAGCCCGCCCGAGGUCACGGCUGUUCGGCAACUGAUUGCGGGUUACCGUGAGUCUGCGGCCUUCCUGCUUCGCUCUGCUGAUGAGCUCGAGAACCUCAUACUGCAGCAGAACUGAGAACUGCACACAGGCUGGUGCUGCCCGUCUCUCUUUAACACACACAAAAAUGCACACUAUGACAGGAAAGUUACAUGUAGCUAUGUGCACUUACACACAUAUACACCUAAAGCCCAUAGGCGGAGUUUGACACCACUUAGGGGGAGCAAAAUGGGGGGAUCAGAAGAAGCUGUGUCUGAAACGCACAUACAGGGUAAAAUAUUAAGAACAUGGUUCACUGACCAUGAACCUGUAAUUUGUAUAAUUUUUUAAAAAUAUAACACAAAAUUUUAUUUAAAUUUAAAUUACUUAUUAAUAUUAUUGCAUAUUUUCAGUAAAAAGCAAAGCACAGGUCAUUGUUUCCAAUUUUUAUAUAAAACACUACCUCUCAUAAAAACUUUAAAGUAAUUACGGGGUUCUUAGAUGAAAACCUUGAGGUGUAACCAUGAAUAACUGGUAACUUUAUCUGGAACGCCAACAUAAUACAUGGAUUUUAUUUUAACCUUUUAUUGCACUGUAGUAAAAUGUUAAAAUAAAAACCAUGUAUUAUGUUACCAUUCUAAAUAAAAUGACCAGCCAAACUGAACUUGUAUUUGGCACUUGGUAAGUAUUAAUUUUUGGCUGAAACUAUAUAAGGUGCUUAACAUAGACUUGUUAAUGCACAUAGAAGAAUAAACUGCAGUCACUAGAAUCAGUGUUUAAGGCACUUGAAGUAUCUUGUUGAUUCUUGUGCACAGCAAACAAAAUUUAUUGACACAGAACAGAAAAAGUCGAAUUUUGCCCACAACAAUAUAAUUAAUAAAAAUAUCAUAUAUUUAUUAAU